ACCACAGGUUAGGUUCAGCUUCCUUCCUGGUCGCCUAUAAGUGCCUGGUAAUACCGGGUGCUCUGAUCAGUUUCAGUUCUACCUUGUCCCAGAAUCAACCUAGACUGAAACCAAAGUGGCAAAGAGGGAGAGUAAAUUAGUUGUCAACCAGCGGUAGGUGCUAUUACCAACGCCAUGAAGACAAGAACUUUUGUAAUUAGGAUUUUGUCAAUCCUUCUACAAUUUGGGGCCCUGAAUGCUGGCGAUUCGAUGCUGUAUGCAAGAUGUCAUCAAAACUUGACCUCGAGCACUGGGUCUGUUUCGGAGAAAGAUUUCACUGGACUAAGUUGCUCGGAACAUGAAAUUCGCAUCCAGGCUGGUGUACCCAUUGUGUUCACAUGCCUUGAUCUAGUCCUAAAGGUGGGGUCCCAACAGUAUUGCCUGUCCAUAGGUGGGAUAAAGAACGGAAAACCUCGAAUGCACAAGUUGGAUGAUAAUGAUGACGACUCGAACAAAAGCGGAAAGAGAAAACAUAACAGGAAAUAUAAUAUAAAAAGUUCAGUUAAAAGUUAUGCUAAGGAUAGUGAUGCCCCGUGGAAGAGGAGUAAAAGAGGCGCCGGAGGACAAACUAAGGUAAAUGAAAACAAAAUCCAAAAAAAAAUAGAGAAGUUGACCUCGAAAUUACAAAACCUGGAAGACAAAAUUCAAAAGCUAGAAAACAAAAUAGCCAAGCUGGAAGGGAAGCCAAAUAAAAAAAAGCAGUUGGCUAAGCUGGAAAAAAAAGUAAAUAAGCUCAAAUCUAAGUCUGAGACACUGCAGAACAAAAUCGAUAAAUUGGAAUCACGUUUGACAACGACGGUGGGUUACACAGAUGAUACAAAUGGCAAUGAUUACACUGAUGAUGUCAGUGACGAUAAUAAUUAUGCUACUAAUGAUCCUGAUCAUUCAGAUGAUGUCAGUGGGGAUGAUUCCCCAGAUGGGGACUAUGAUACGUAUGAUACGUAUGAUACUGAUAAUUCAGAUGACGUCACUGGCGAUGAUUACACAGAUGGGGACUAUGAUACGUAUGAUACUGAUAAUUCAGAUGACGUCACUGGCGAUGAUUACACAGAUGGGGACUAUGAUACGUAUGAUACUGAUAAUUCAGAUGACGUCAGUGGCGAUUAUUACCCAGAUGGGGACAGUGACAACGAUGAUGUGACUGGUACUGAUAAUAUGCAGGAUGCUGGUUACUCAGAUGACGUCUAUGGUGAUGAGUCGCCAAAUGUUAAGAUCAACCGGUCGACAAUGGGUAGCCAACCACAAACAAAGAUCCAUGGAAUGGGCAAACCUAACAGGAAUGCGUGGAGGGAUGUUGGGUAUAAGAGGAAGAAGAAUUCUGGGAAGAUAGGAAAAGGUGAAAUAAAGGGUACACGGAAGGGUAGCGGAAAGAAGCAGUCAUUCUGUGGGCCUCAAGACAAACCCGUUACCAUCAACUCUCAAACUGGAGAAAUUGGCCUUUCAGUACGCCCAAAUGGUCUAAAGAAAGGAAGUGGGAGGAAGCGUUCAAAACCUCUUCACAGAGGGAAUCUUAACGCUUCACACGGUAAAGUCAAACAGGAUCCUGCAGGCUCAGCUGUGGUAAUGAUUCCUUCCAAAGUUAAGUAUACCUGUUCAUGGAGUCCUGCUUCCCCUUAAAGUAACCAAAAGACAACGUUUCCCCUGUAGGUCUUCGUGGCGUUAAAUAACUUACCUAAGGAAAAAAAAAAAAAAAAAAAAAAAAGUAAAAAAAAAAAAAAAAAAAAAAAAAAAAAGUAAAAAAAAUUCUUAUGUAGGUUCUCAUAUGUAAGGUCCUCAUAAAUAUAAAGUAAAUCAAAGGGAAAUGUUCUUGUUUUCUGAUCACUGAUUAAUAAAGGAGCCUUCUUGUUUAUAUUUGGAUUAAAUAUUCACAUUUAAAGAUUUUCUGCAUCCAAAAUGUACAAUAAAAAGGUUAAAAUGUUUCA